AUGGCCGAUAAUACCAAAAGAUUCUCGCGCCUAUCCCAGUCGGCAUAUGAUUCUCCUUAUUCACGCUCCGGUGCAUCGGGACCUCAUCCUACCGGCGACCCGUAUGCGCCACUUCGUGCCAGCGCGAUCGCUACGCUUGAGGCAAUGGGUUACGACCCUCAAACUAUGACUGAGCGCGGUGUGCUGUGGGCUGAAGACCAAGAUCCGUUCGGGCACGUCAAGCAGUCUAGGUUUACGCACUUUCUAGGGAUCGGCUUCCAUCGUACUAUGGAAAGCUUCGAUGACUUCCUGAGCGAGCAGGAAUACAACGAUAUGAUCCUCGCCAAGACCGUCACCCCCGUCGUUCGAAAAUACGAGUUAGAUAUUCGAAGACCAGUCAAGUAUCCUGAUUCUCUUAUAAUUGCACAUCGGCCGGAGCGCAUGGAAACAACGCGCUACUUCGGUACUACCUCACUCUUUUCGAUUCAACAACAAGCCAUAGUUGCUGAAGUCAAAGGCUCGGCAGCCUUUGUGGAUGCCAGAACUGGUCGUCCUAUCGACAUCUCUAGUCUCGGUGGUGGAUGGCUAAGAGUGUAUGAUGGCUUCAUCAAAAAGGUCGAACACGCGCAGACCCUCAAGAGCAAGUGGGACGCUGAGAAAUCGAAAGCCCAGGCUAAAGUUCGUUCUAAGAUCUAAGGCAUAAAGACAUGGCUUUCUCUUAUGUCUUUAUGCUGUCUUGCACUAUAAACUAUCCCUUGGGCCACAUAAACGGCAUCCCUUACCCGCUAAAACGCGUAUAAGCUACUUAUAAAGGUGAGGCAGGGGAUAGUUUAAGUCGUAAUGCAACAUAGUAACAUUGGCACAUGGGAAACUUUCCUCUGAAUUAAUUCUAUCCGAGUCUUGUAUUCUAUUAAUGAUACCUCAGAUCUAACAACGGGCAUUGACAUUCGAUGACGCAUGUGUUUA